UUAAGUUUCGUCUUUGAACGAAUGAGCUCCGGUGUUGUCAACUACGUUCAUCUCAGUCCCGACAGAUCCCGGCGACGGAACACCAGAGUCCUCUUGGAACAUCAUGCUGCGCCCCUUUAAGAUCUGCGGCCGGGUCUCUGUGCAAUGUGUUCUCCUCCACUGUCUCAUUCACCUUUCAGUCUCCGAACUCUCCGUGUCCUCCUAUGUGGGUGACCAGGCCAUGCUCCCCUGCAACUGGACGUCCCGCGUAGGGGCGGUCCGAAGCUCCUCAAGCCCCUACCUGUGGUGGGAGACUCCCAUGGAGAGCGUGUUCGAGCUCCAGGGGGGCCUCUGUUUCGAGGGGCCCGACUACAAGGGGCGGGUGGAGGUGAAGCCGCGAAGUUUCGAGGAGGGCGACUGCUCCCUGCUCCUCCGGGAGGUCCGGUUCUCCGACGCGGGGCCGUACGAAAGCUUCAUCAGCGUGGGGAAGAGGAGGAGGUUCAUCCGGAGCGUGGAGCUGAACGUGAGGGAUCACAAGUCCAAGGAAACCAUGGUUGAAGGACAACAGCUUAAGUUGAACCUCCACACCACCCAGGCAGCCACCGUGGUCUUCCAGAGGAACAGGGAGGCGGGGGCAAACGUUAUCUGGCAAAGGGGGGGCGGGGGCAGCAGACAGGAGCAUCUGACGGAAGGGGAGAGAGAGCUGACCCUUUCGGGAGUGACGCUGGAGGAUUCGGGGACCUACAGAGUUUUGGAUCCCGACGGGCUGGCCGUCAGCACUGUUCACCUCACAGUGGAAGAAGCUCUGAAUAAGCUGCCCGUCCCUGAGGGAAGAAAGGAUGGGGCAUAUAAUGAAGAUGCCAGAGAUGUUCAGUCAAGCGCAAUCCGAACAAGUGGCACAUCCCUGAUUAUGAGCUCCCUCCUGUUCAUCAUCUACCACAUUCAUUUCCUUAGUGGAUUCUCACGCACGUAAUCAAGAUACACUGUCUAAUCCCUAUUUAAGUUAAAAGGCAAGCAACUAAUUCAGAAUGCUGCAGCUCGUCUGGUCUUCAGCCUCCUCAGACACUCCCACGUCACUCCCCACGUCACUCCCCUGCUCACUACCCUCCACUGGCUGCCUGUUAUAGCUCGCAUCAAAUUUAAAACAUUGGUCUUAGCAUACCAGGCAGUCAAGGGAUCAGCCCCAGCAUACCUCCACAAGAUAUUCAAACCGUACAUGCCAGCCAGAUCCCUCCGUUCUGCACCUGCCUGGCACCUCCCCCUCUUCGCACCUGCACUUCCAGAACACGUCUCCUGUCUGUUCUGGCCCCAUGAUGGUGGAAUGACCUCCCCAUGGAGAUCAGAACAGCUGAGACACUGACCCAUUUCAAGUGACGACUGAAGACUCAUCUCUUCAGGCUGCACCUCUCCCCAUCCCUCCCUACCCCCCUGUAAAUGACUGUAAGCUUAGGGUUGUAACUCUGGAUAAGAGCGUCUGCCAAAUGCCUGUAAUGUAAUGUAUGUCGGUGCACUGGAGUAAUAGCUGCUAAAAAUUGAGCUUUGCAGUCUAUUUCUUGACAGGUAGUAUAUAUCCAUCUUCCUGUAUUCUUAGAAAUAUCCACAGGCUUGCAUGGAUAGUGGAUUAAGGUGUGGGACAUGUUCAAUUAAUGCUGAACGCCUGUUAUUACCUCUAACCACAGUGAACUUCCUGGUAAGUAAACACAAGCAGAUGGUCGAGGAGAAGCAGGCCUGCAGACGUAAGGGCGCUAGCUAAAGCUGAAUAUGUUGGAACUGAAAUUAUCAACUGAAAUUAGAUGUUGGGCGAUUUGCUGGCCUUUCAGGAACCAAGGGACACCUGUCAUCUUACUCUCCACCACACCAAUUAACCAGCUAUAAUCAUCAAUAUAAUAGCCAACAGCAAUCCACAGGGGUGUGCAGACAGACAAUAUUAUCUGUACCUACAAAAUGAUCGAUUUCUGUACAUGCAAGGGUGUUUGGUGGUGUAUUUACCUACUGGUAGAUCUUUUCUUGACAAAAUAAACUUUAAUGAUCAUAUCAGCAGA